CCGAGACACCUGUGCACACCACGCGAGCCGCGGCAAAUACACAGAGAAGAGAGGGGACAGCAGUCAAAGAGCGAGCGAGCGAGGCGGAAGAAAUCCCUCGAGAUGGACGCAAGACCGCGACGGGCGUCGUCCUCCCCGGCGGCGGCGACGGCGGCGGCGGCCUUGUCCCUGCUGCUCCUGUUCCCCAUGUUCCUAGGGGGCCAGGCGUCGGGGUACGGCGACGAUUCGGGCGCCGGCGGCAUGACGGCGCUGCAGAAGCACGCGGCCUUCUUCGACCGCGACAAGGACGGCGUCGUCACCUUCUCCGAGACGUACGCAGCGUUUCGGGCCCUCGGAUUUGGAUUUGCUUCGUCCACCUUGAGUGCCACCUUCAUCAAUGGCGUCCUUGGCCCCCAGACCAGACCGGAAAAUGACACGGCGCGCAUGUCCAUCUACAUCGAGAACAUCCACAAGGGCAUCCACGGGAGCGACUCAGGCGCGUAUGACUCCCAAGGAAGGUUCGUUCCGGACAAGUUCGAUGCGGCGUUCGCCAAGCACGGCAAGACGGUGCCGGACGCCCUAACGUCCGCGGAGGUGGACGAGCUGAUCGCCGCGAACCGGCAGCCCAGCGACUACGCGGGAUGGGCGGGCGCGUCGGCGGAGUGGAAGCUGCUGUAUAGCAUCGGCAAGGACGAGGACGGGCUCCUCCGCAAGGACGCCGCCAGGGGCGUCUACGACGGCAGCCUCUUCGCCAGGGUGGUGCAGGAGCGGAGGGCAUCCUCGCUAGAAGAAACCCAGGCAUGAUCGUGGCACGCCGUCACGGUGUGUGUGUGCUGGAACCUAGGUGGUUAUCUAUUGGUUGUGAAUGGUUGUGAGAUGGGUUAAAAAAUAGCAUUCACAUUACCCAUACAUAUAGAAAUAGUACAUCGGAGUACUAAUUAGCUACUAGAAAUAAAUGCAAUACGCCCUAAACUUUAUCUAUUGUGAAAACGCAUGCAAAUUUAA